AUGCGCUUCCCCGGAUACAUCGCUUUUAUAGGUGCUGCCCGCGCUGAAGACAGUUGUCCCCCACCACCAUCAGUCUCUUAUGCUUCCUUUGAUUAUGUAACUGGAAGCAGCACUGCAUCCUACUCCUGCCAGGCCGGUUUUUGCUUUGAAAACGAGCGAACUCGAACAAUCGACAGUAAUUGCCAGGGAGGCGAAUGGUCAUCAGUUCCCUCUUGCAAGCCUUGUAAUGCAUGUGUCCUCCCCCAGGUCGAUGCUAAUCAGAAUAUCAACUGGAACGUUGAUGACUGGACAGCCUCGAUCUCUUGUGUUGAGGAUGGCGCUGUCCUCGAGCCAGGCACCGACAUUACAGAGAUGAAAAUCAGCUGUAUUGAAGGUGGCAAGUGGGCCCGAGACGUGCCAGUUUGCUCCCGACCAAGCAAAGUCACCUGUGGCGAUGAUCACAUUGAAGUCGUCGUCGACAAGAGCCUUUUCCGCGCAAAAGGAUGGGACGCAAGCACAUCCAACGUCUUCCUUGCCGGACCUGGAUCAAAUUUAAUGAGCAUCAACGACGUCGACAACUCUUGCUUCGCAACUGAAGACGCUGAUGGAAACUACCGAGUUCGAAUCGAAGCUCCCUUCAUGGGCCAGUGCGGUACCCAAGCUGCGAUCGAAGACCAGGAUUACAUCUUUUCGAACAAGAUCAAGUGGCGAGUAGAGAACGAUUUCACCGUCAAGGAUGCUGAGGUCCUCGAUUUCACCUGCAACUACCGAGGCGUUUUCAUGGCUGGCCUUCCUCAACUCGUCAAGCUCGCUAUUAAUACCAAAACCUACUCUGAUCCAAGCACUGAGGAGGAUUUUACCGUCUCCAUGUCCGUCUACGAUCGCGCCAACUACACCGGAUUGGUCGACAACAUCCCCCUCCUCCAUCGAGGAAAACGAUAUUUCGUCGAUCUCCACCUCCACAACCGAGAAAUCGGAACUCCCUUCCUCAAGUACUGUUAUGGAUCGAAGAACUAUGUGUCUGAAAGCGAGCUCAGAGAAAAGUACAAGACAGAAACUUCCAGCUCUGGUCUUCGAAGCAUGGUUGUCAAUGGCUGCCCCGCUUCUGGAACUCUUGUUCGUCUUGAAGAGUCCCCAACGACUUAUCAAUCCCGAUACUCCUUUAUGUUCCCAAAGAUCGGAAUCCAAGGUCGAGUUGAUCUUCAGUUCGUCUACCUCCACUGCGAAAUCGAAAUUAAACCACUUGGUUUCGCGCCAAAAUGCGACGACACUCUGUUCGAACAAGUGCUUCGACGAAAUUUCGCCUCCAUCAAUGGAGCUGGAAAUGGCGGCCCUGGACCUUUCUCCCAAAAAUUCGGCCCCCGAUUCAGCCAAGGCUCCAGCAGCGGCUCAGACUUGAUCACCGGUCGAUCCUUCGGCAACGAGGCCAAAUCGAAGCAGGACGCCAUCUGGGACAUCAACUGUCAGAUUCCACUUUUCAAGGCUGCCCCUCAAUGCAAAGCACGAGAAGCCGCUAGGCAACGAUCAAGAAGAAGCGCUGAAACUAUUGCAGCUGCAGAUAUGGCCGUCGGAUUUGGCCCAAUCGUUUUCCCCGAAGACGAAGAAACCGAGGUCGAUGAAGAAGUCGUUGUCGAAGAGGUCCUCAAGUCGUCUAAACUCUUUGUUGAAGAAAGCCUCCGAGUCGAAGACAUCAUCGCUGAGCAAGCCGCUGAAUUGGACAGCUCCGUCAAAGAUCAAAUCGAACAAAUUGAGCUUCUCCGUGAGCAGCGACAGACCCGAAAAUGCCUCAUCAUCGGAGGAAUGGCUUUCGGAUGCGUUCUUCUUUUCUUCUUAUCGCUGAUGAUCACCAGCCGAGUCAGCUGCUUUUCCAAGUCGAAGAAAUCUAAAUCCGGCUCCGACAUUUUGGCAACCCAAAUCCAGAAGGAACUGAACCGACCGUCCAAGAUCUAA